AUGAUUCUGGAAUCACGAACCGCUUCUUUUGACGCGACACCAGAGAUCGUGGCUCAUCCGAGAAGCCGCAAGCCGACCACGCGUGAGCUUGCGAGAUUGGGCGGUUCCGUACGUGCCGCGCGACGACCAACGUCGAGAAUGCCGCGAGUACGGCGACCCCAGGAGCGAAAUAGACCUGAAAUGCUCCAGCAGCCGGCGCAUGGCAGUGUAAGGAAAAGGCUGCUUUCUCUUGCACUGGUUCCGCUCAUGGUGAUUGUGCUGUUCAUGGUACAAGCACGCAUGACUGCAGCAUUACCGGUGAAAAGUCCGAAUCCGGUCUGGCACAAGCAGACGUUUGCAUCGAGGCCUAGUGGUCAUAUUGCGCUGGAGAGCACGCACUUGAGCCGCUGGAGCAUCCAGCGGCAACUCGCUGUCGUCACCGGCGUGUCCGCGCAGAGCGCACAGAAUCGUGGCGCGUCACGCAAAGUGCCGCGGGAAAUAUACGGUACGAUCACUGGGAAAUGGAUGCUCCCGACGACAGUUUCUCAGUCUGGUGCAAACGAGCCAAGUGCACCGUCGGGGAAUGCGUCGCUUGUCGUGGAGAACACCAAGCACACAAUUACGGUUCCACGUCGCGACGUCUACCAGCUAGGGUUGCAUGAGAGCUCCGGCUUUGCGUCUUUGUCGCUCAUCCAACGAUUGGCACCGAAACUUCUCGAUGACUCGAAUUCGGGCACUAGAGGUGGUCAGGACGCGGGCGCCUCUCCUCGAGCAGCAAUUGAUGUCGUCCUUGGUGACAUAUUACUGCGAGACGGGCGAUAUCGUAGCAAAGGCGAUGUGUGGAUGAAUGUGCUGGGUCUGUACAGCUUUCCGGACGGCACGCUACUGCUCGCUGGCGAUACCCGAGUCCGGCCUCGAGGCGCCAUCAAGCAACUCUAUGAAGCGUACCUAGACCUGCCUCAAAUGAAGGACGAGCGAACCCCGCUAGAUCUGGCUACGUUCGAACGAACAAUAGUGGAGGCGCUGCAAUCGCCCGCUUCCGAGGCAGCGGGCGGGCCCCGCGUCUCCGAAAAUGGAACACUGGAGACGUUGAGCCGCACGAAGGACGCCCUUCGUUCAAGAGAGGCGUGCAACUCGGAGUCCGUGUCGCUGGACGCGGCGAGGUUGCGCCUGAACGCCGCGAACACACGUGCCGCCGUGCUCACGAAUCGAGAGCGUACAAAAAGUGCUAACGAAUCAGCUCAAAGUCAGUGGUACAACCCGGCCAUCUUGUGCCCAAUCCGAGCUGUUCUGCAUGUGGACAAGUACUCGAAUGAGCACAAUGGCCGCAAUCACGAACAGCGGCCCUUGAACUCGGCCGGUCUCGCCGAGGCAGUUCUACCCCAGUUGUCCAUGAUCGGUGACCUGGACACCAGCGAUGCGUGCCGGGGUCGCGCGCGCUUCCAGCUGCGCCUCUCGACGGCAAACACCAUGAGAAUCCUCUCCGCAGCGCAGAAAUACUCGCUUGUGUCGAUUCUUUUCGCUAUCAUGCAGAUAGCUGUCAUUCUGAAGCAGAUGGAAUCAACGAAUACGCAGGCGUCAGCCGCAAAAAUUAGCAUGCUCUCCGUCGGCAUGCAGGCGAUUAUGGAUGCGUACAUGUGCCUGAUGCAUCUCGUCUUUGGGGUAGUCGUGCAGGCUCUCUUCAACGCUUUUGCAACUGCGUCCUUCUUCUACUUUGUGAUAUUUAGCGUAUUCGAGAUGAGGUAUUUGCUGAUGAUCUGGAAGGCUCGAAACUGGCGGGUGAACAAUACUGGCUGGGACACCGUUCGCCGAGAGCUUUCGCUACUCUAUUCGCGCUUCUACGCGGCACUACUGAUCGGUGUUCUUGCCAUUUAUCACAUGCAGAAUCACCUGAAUAUCAUCAUUUUCGGAAUGUAUUCAUACUGGCUGCCGCAGAUCCUUCGAACUGCGUACCUGGAUGCACGCCGCUCGUUUCUGCUGCCCUAUGCACUUCUUUCGAGUAGUGCGCGGCUGCUGGCGCCUCUGUACUUUUUGGGAUGCCCAUCCAACUUUUUACAUUUGCGACCGCGGCCGCGACUCUGUAUUGGACUCGUAUGCUGGAGCUUGCUGCAGAUUGUUUGGAUGGAGAGCCAAGCACGCUGGGGUGGUCGCUGGUUCAUUCCCAGGCGUUUGCGGCCGCAAAAGUACGAAUACAGUCGGCCGUUCGCGGUGCAUUCGCAAGGCGACUGUGUAAUCUGCAUGCAAAGCCUCGAGGAUGAGGAAACAAGUGCGGUUAUGGUGACGCCCUGCGACCACGCCUUUCACAGCGAGUGUCUCCUGAAAUGGAUGGAGAUCAAGCUGGAAUGUCCCACGUGCCGGAGGGCGCUUCCCAUGCCCUGA